CAGCUGGUUGAUGCAGUUGGCUGCCUUUCUUUCAGCUUUACUUUUCGAACAUGUGGGAGUCGUUUGAAAGGUCCUUUUGUUUGAACAUAAGGGACAUGCCAUUUGAUCUUAUGUGUGCCCUUCGAAAGCUCCGCGAUGGACCUCGCCUCCGUUUGUUGCGAACGUUCUGUGAUAAUAGCCCUGCGAAAGUGGAGUUGCGUGUUUUCGCUAAGAUGGCAUGUCCCGAGCAAGGAUUGAUAGAAACCGCCAUGUGCAAAAAGAAUAAUUACGUGCAGAGAAGAAGCCACGUUUGCUGCGGUAGGUGGUGACAUUCUGCAUGGGGCAGUGCGGAAGUACUGGCGUGCUUGGGUGUUGCUUUGACAGGCCAGCAGAUGGCCGAGUUUCCUUGCAGCGCUCCAUGAGCACUCUGUUGGCCUGUGCGCUUGCCCGAAGUGCCCUCUGCCUGUCAAGGGCUGGUGGAGAACUCCGAGUCCGGACCGGUGCCAUGAUGACAUUUACAGUGUUUGGUUGCACACCUUGCUGUCACAAGCAUGGACUACAUGGCCAUCAUCAACAUUUUGUCAGGAAUGGCGUUAUUGUGGGAAACAAAAAAAUGGCAUGCCCCGCCACAACUUCAGGUGCACCCGAAGAGGUACUCCGGUUCCGCAGGUGCGGCACCGUACGAGGCCGGUCUUAAGUCGGAUCACUUGCCCAAGAGGUGCAGGGUAGAAGGUUAGGCUCACCCCAACCGGUGCAAGAACGCUGGUGCACUUUGGCGAUGGAGUUGCUCAAACCGGUUUGAGUAACUCCAUCGCCAACUUGCAAUUGUGCAGCUUCAAUGGAAGGCCUCAGAGACCUAUGGGCCCGGUCGUGUCUUUAUACGACUGUUUGCUGCUAGUUGACCAUGUUAGUGACAGGCAGUUACAAGCCUGCCAGUUAGCACUUAUUGCUUGAUUUCUGAUGCUGGCAACUUGCGACCAGAUUUCCAGAUGACCAAUCUCGCAGCGUUUGCGGAAGCUUGUCCCAUCCGGACCCACGCGCGAUGCCUGGCGCGAUGAGGGUGCAGAGAGCACUGUGCGGAGCGGUGCGCAGCACUCUGCGGCCAAGAGUGGGGGCCCAGCUGCGCGCGGGUGCCUCCAUGACGCAGGAGCGCUCCCCAGCGUCCCCCUUCCCGGCGCCGCAUCUUCCAGCAGAUGCAGCAGCCAAGGAGCCUGUGCCUCAACGAGCUGACCCGGACAUGUCCAUCUUCAGCCCCACGGAGGAGCACCAGGCAUUGCGGGAGAUGGUGCGGUCCUUCACCGAGGCGGAGGUCGAGCCGCAGGCCAUCGAAUUCAACAGGGCAGAGACCAUGAACCUGCCCCUCUUCCAGAAGCUCGGGGAGUUGGGGCUCCUCGGCGUCACGGUGCCGGAGGAGUAUGGCGGCAGCGGGAUGGAUGCCACUGCCGCAGUCAUCGUCCAUGAGGAGUUGGCCUCCUCGGAUCCGGCCUUUUGCCUAGCGUACCUUGCUCACAGCAUGCUCUUUGUCAACAACUUGGCCCGCAACGGCAGCGAGGCCCAGAAGAGGCAGUGGCUGCCGGCGGCGGUGGAUGGCUCCAAGCUUUGCGGCAUGCCUCUUGGCUAA